AUGGCCUUCAACAACGCUCAGCUUCGUCCUGUCGUUGUGUUCAAAAAUCAAGGCUUUCGCAAUGCGAUCGUAUAUUCCAGAUAUCUUCGCUGCUUUCGCGAUCACCCAAUCUAUCCCUCAUUCACCAUCUCUCCCUCAGCCUUCUCCAAAUAUGAUCUGGAUGCACCUUCUCUUGUUGCUGGACUGGGAUGGGAAUCGCUGACUGAGGAUCAACGAUUCCUUCAUUGUCCUGAAGCGGUCAGACUCUUUUAUGUCAACAUUCGUCGUGACCAUGGGGCUGAACCUCGCUCCUUCACCACCAUGGUUUAUGACCAUGAAAUCACUGUCACACCAGAUCUGCUUGCAUCAGUUCUAUCCCUCCCUCAUUCUGGGAUUCAAGCAAGCUUCGAAAGUGAUUUUUCUGUGCAUGGGUUUGACUUCUGCAUGGCCCUUGAUCGCCUAACCCGCGACAUCGGCAAGGCCUUCCCAUCUAGGCUCUCAGCUGGUCGUCUUCCUCAUGAUCUAAAGGUGCUGCACUUCUUCAUAACUCGAUGCUUCCUUCCCCGCGACAUCUCAAGUGCUGGCCUUUUUCAUUCCUAA